AUGGCAGAUCUCAAACCCCUAAUCGUCUGGCGCUAUCACGAUGGAGGACUCAGUCCCAAUCCAUGGAAAGUCGUCAUCUUCCUCUACGAGCUCAACCUCCCCUUCGAAAUGCGUGUCUUCGACCGCAGCGACCCCGACGUCCGCGAGAAGGAGCCCAUGGUCUCGCUGACGCCCAAUGGACGGAUGCCGGUGUUGGAAGACCCGAAUAAUGGGAUGCGGAUUUGGGAGUCCGGAGCAAUUAUCGAGUACCUUGUCGACACCUACGAUAAGAGUAACAGGCUUACGUAUACGUCUCCGAGGGAGAACUAUCAGUUGAAGUCUUGGAUGCAUUUUCAGAUGUCUGGGCAGGGGCCUUACUAUGGCCAAAGAACCUGGUUCCUUCACCUCCACCACGAACCCCUCCCCUCCGCGCAGGAACGCUACCUGAACGAAGUCAAACGCAUCCUCUCCGUCAUCGACAAAGACCUCACCCGCAGCGGGCGCCAAUGGCUCGUAGGCGACAAAAUGACCUUCGUCGACCUCAUGUUCGUCCCCUGGAACUCGCUCCUGUUGCCGUUCAUGACGCCGACGGGGUUUGAGAGCGAGUGGAAGGAGAAGUACCCUAAAUGCUGGGAGUGGCAUCAGAGGUUGUACGGGGUGGAGAGCGUGAAGAAGGCGAAGGAGUUUGCGGAGGGGAGUGUCAAAGCCGAUCCGAGUGCGACGAUUGAGCUGAAGAGUGUCGAGGAGAUUGAGGGGAGGUGA